CUGAUCUUUGCCAUGCUAAAUUCAACCAAGUAAAACGCAACCACUGAAUCCCAAUGCCUCCAAACCGCCCAAUAGAUGCAAUGGAAGAUGAUGAUCAUACAUCGUCAUCAUCGUCCGGCCACGACUCCUCUGACUUAGCUAGCGACGAUGAACCUACACAGCAGACGCGACGAGCGCAAGUGAUCGAUAAGGACUCCGAUGAAGAGGAACUUGAACGAUUUGUGCUUGGAGACACAGCAAAUUUCCGUGAAAACCUGUUCCUGGACGAGUCGAGAGACAAUGGUGCGGACACUCCCUUUCGAGGCUUUGGCGAUAAAGAGGAAAACGAGCCCGAAUCCGGUUUGGAAGAUGUGGAGGAUGCAGACCUUUUUACGUUUGACGUGGGGGGAGCUGCUCCAAGUGGUGAUAAAGAGCUUAUGGCAACACCCGCUUUGAAGAGCCAGGAAUCUGCUGGCAAGGAGAAACCCGCAUGGGAAGAUAGCGACGACGAGCGCUUGGCUAUAUCACUAGCCGAUGCAACCCAAUUGCGAAAGCUACGGAUUAGUGAGGCAGAGGAUGUCAUAAGUGGCACUGAGUAUACUAUAAGACUCCGACAACAAUACUUGCGUCUCAAUCCUCUCCCUGCAUGGGCACGAGAGACUGAAGAGCGUCCAACCAAGCGUCGGCGGCGAUCAUCCGCCGUUGCAAACGACUCGGACAUAUCAGAGGAUGAGGCGGAUGAUGAAGGAGAUGCAGAAGAAUCUGCGCUGCCACUAGACAAGUUCCUCCGGGAUGCCAGCUCAUUGAAAGAGACUAAAACCCAGAAGUCGAAGAAACUCCGUCCAGAGGUCAUUGACAUUCAAAGAUCUCGUGAUAUACCCGACACACAUAAAGAUGAGGUCACGUCCCUUGCCUUCCAUCCGGAGCAUCCAGUUCUGCUGUCUUCUAGCACCUCUUCCGUGUUGCACUUACAUCAUAUCGCACCAACUGCCCACCCAACGCCAAACCCGCUCUUGACAUCGGUGCAAGUCAAACAAGUUCCGGUUCGGAGGGCGGAAUUUCUGUAUCCUGCCGGAGAUAAAAUUUUCUUCGCUGGACGGCGCCGGUAUAUUCAUUCAUGGGACUUGGCGACCGGAACGAUACAGAAGACCAACAAAAUACAAGGUCACCGACUAGAACAAAGAACUUGGGAGCGCUUCAAGUUGAGCCCUUGCGGUCAAUAUUUAGGGUUGAUCGCUUCGACAAGAAAAGGUGGUGGUAUCAUCAAUAUCCUAAAUGUCGCUACGAUGCAAUGGAUUGCUGCUGCUAGGCUCGAUAGUCGAGGCGGCAUUGCAGAUUUCUCAUGGUGGAGUAACGGCCAUGGCCUCACAAUCUUGGGUAAGGGAGGCCAAGUUGGCGAGUGGAGUAUGGCUGCAAGGCGCUUUCUAGCAAUUUGGCAUGACGAAGGUUCCAAUGGCGGGACUGUUAUGGCGCUAGGAGGCCGCAACGGGCCUGUGGUCCUCGGUGAGGAUCGAUGGAUAGCAAUCGGUUCGAAUAGUGGUGUGACGAACAUAUAUGAUCGACAAGCCUUGAUAUUACCUUCUUCGGACGAUGAACUAGAGAUCCAGGGACGGCCCGAACCGGCUAGAAGGUUCAUGCAACUUACAACGCCGGUUACAAUCCUCACGUUUAGUCCAGAUGGGCAGCUGUUAGCGUUUGGCAGCAAACACAAGAAAGAUGCGCUACGACUAGCACACUUACCUAGUUGCACAGUCUACAGGAACUGGCCAACGGAACAGACACCGCUUGGCAGAAUAUCAAGUGUAGCAUUUGGGAGAAAGAGUGACCUGCUUGCGGUUGGUAAUGAUGGAGGAAAGAUUAGGUUAUGGGAGAUUCGAGGCUAGACAAGAUCACGAGAUAUCACCGUCCACCCCAAUCAAUUCUUAUUCAUACCCCCGCGUAUUCUAUCACUAAAUUCGUCCCAAGUCCAUAACUUGCCCAACUUCGCCAACUUAAUUACCAUAUGUACCAAUCUUAUCUAACAAUUCUAGCCAACAGACUCGCAAGUGG